AUGGCAAGGGAAACUGUGAAGUGGUUUGGUGCAGCAGGAAUGGAUUGGUUUCCAAAUCUCGAAGUUGGGGUUGCAUUUCACUUGUGUCCUUGGGGAAGGCACUUUAUCGGCAUUGCUUCUCUCCACCCAGAAGUACAAAUACAACUUCAUAUAUUUUCCUUCUUAACUGCUGCCGAUCUGUGCCGUGCUAGUCAGGUGUGCCGUACUUGGAAUGAUUUGUGCUCAGAUCAUCUUCUGUGGAAGUGUCUUUUGUGGAUUGACCAGCAUAAAUGGGAGACUGUCAGUCAUAGAACCAAUCCAGCUGUCUACAGAGCUGUCAAUUCAGACCUUUCACAAAAAGAAAUCUAUUUAAGAUGCUCUCCAUAUGCCCAGCCUGUCAGUACUGGUUUACAAUUUUCCCUUCCAAGAAUAUUCCGUUCACUCAUGCUUAAGAAAUCACCCAAAAUUGUGAUGUUUGGACCUGGCUUAGAAUGUGAUGCAACAUCAUCUAUUGUUCGAAAGUUUCUUGGCGAAAGACCUGACGUUUUCAAAACCUGUGGUGGUUUCCCUGGAGAAUUCCCGGGAAGUAUUGGCACUGGUUUUUAUGUUCAAGUGGAAAACAACUUUCAAAUUCGCUUGAUCACACUCUACUCAGGAACAAGAAAAAGUAGAGAAUGUCAACACGGUCAAAGGGCAAGCAGAAAUAAGUUGUUAGUGGCAGCAGCAUCAGCAUCAGAAGAGAAUGAAGUAGUUAUUGAAGGGGAUGGCAAUGGAAACGCUAAUGAUGAAGCUGAUAAACCAUACGAUGCUAGUUAUUCUGUGAAGGAACUUUGCAGGACAGUCGAUGCAUUUGUGUUUGUUGUAAAUGCCGCUGCUUCCUCUACGACAUCAGUUGCAGAAGGAAGGCCAGAACUUUUGGCAAUAAUGAAUGAGAGAUGGACAGACCCGUCAAUACCGUUACUUAUUUUAUCGUGUGUUCAAAAUCAAGACAUUCCCAGAAUACCUUGCAUCACUGUUGCUGAGCAACUGAAACUUCACACUAUAAACAGAAUUUGGAAGGUUUUUGGGUAA